GAGACGCGCUCUCGGUCCCUGAAUGCGCUGUUCGUUUCAGCACCGUAGACCCAAGGCGCGUGCGCCCGCGAGCUUUUUGAGAGCUAAAAUCUGCAAGUCCGCGAAGAAGGCCCCAGCUGAAGAUGUGAGAUCACUGCUGCAGCGCACUUGAGCGUGAGAUUCUUGCUCCUCUCCUUGUGAUUUCCCUUCUCUUAUCCUCCUCCUCUUCCUCCUGUAUCCUGUCAUGUGUGCCCCAAGAGUUGGGGCCAUGGUUAUAUCUCACACCUGCUCCCCACUGGAUCUAGGGGGUCUGCCUCAGCACUGAGGGGAGGGUUUGGGGCACCUAUGGUCGAGCCCACCUGCCGGCCCUCCCGCCUCCGUUCUCAUUGGCCCGGAAUCCGCUGGACCUUAUCCUUUGUGUCGACCCAACCACUGCGUUACCAUGGCAGCAGCAGUGGCAGCAAGUGAGCCCGCAGCGCUGAGGUGCGACCGGGUCUCGCGGCAGAGCCUCCUGGUCCUCCUGACGGCCGCCAGCUGGUGCUGGCUUCUGGCGCACGCCCAGCGGCCCGUGGAUACCCCCUCGGAGUACGCCCACUCCAUCCGCAUUGACGGCGACGUCAUCCUGGGCGGCCUGUUCCCCGUCCACUCGCGGGGCGAACGCGGCGUGGCCUGCGGCGAGUUGAAGAAGGAGAAGGGCAUCCACCGGUUGGAGGCCAUGCUCUUCGCCAUCGACCUCAUCAACAAGGACCCCGAGCUGCUGCCCAACGUGACGCUGGGCGCACGCAUCCUGGACACGUGCUCGCGCGACACCUAUGCCCUGGAGCAGUCGCUCACCUUCGUGCAGGCGCUCAUCGAGCGCGACGGCUCAGACGUGCGCUGCGCCAACGGCGACCCGCCGAUCUUCACCAAGCCCGACAAGAUCGUCGGUGUGAUCGGCGCCGCCGCUAGCUCUGUCUCUAUUAUGGUGGCCAACAUCCUACGGCUCUUCAAGAUUCCUCAAAUCAGCUAUGCGUCGACGGCACCGGAUCUUAGCGACAACACCCGCUACGACUUCUUCUCCCGCGUCGUGCCACCCGACUCCUACCAGGCGCAAGCCAUGCUGGACAUCGUCACGGCGAUGGGGUGGAACUACGUGUCCACGCUUGCCUCGGAGGGCAGCUAUGGGGAGAGCGGCGUGGAGGCGUUCGUCCAGAUCUCCAGGGAGAUCGGUGGUGUGUGCAUUGCGCAGUCGCUAAAGAUACCCCGUGAGCCGAAAUCAGGCGAGUUUUUCAAGAUCAUCGACCGGCUGAUGGAGACCCCCAACGCUCGGGCCAUCAUCAUGUUUGCAAACGAAGAUGACAUCAGACGAGUCCUGGAUGCUGCCAGGCGCAGGAACCACACGGGUCACUUCCUGUGGGUGGGCUCUGACAGCUGGGGCUCCAAGAUCUCGCCGGUGGUGGGCCAGGAGGACGUGGCCGAGGGAGCCAUCACCAUCCUGCCCAAGCGCGCCUCCGUCGAUGCUUUCGAUCGCUACUUCAAGAGCCGCUCGCUGUCCAACAACAGGAGGAACGUGUGGUUCGCCGAGUUCUGGGAGGAGAACUUCAACUGCAAGCUGGGAAUGCACGGCAAACGACCCGGAAGCCCCAAAAAAUGCACAGGUUUGGAGAAAGUGGGCCGGGACUCCACCUACGAGCAGGAGGGCAAGGUCCAGUUUGUGAUGGACGCUGUCUACGCCAUGGCCCACGCCCUCCACCGCAUGCACAAGGACCUGUGCUUCGGCUACCCUGGCCUCUGCCCUCGCAUGAGUAGCAUCAACGGCAAGGAGCUCCUGGGCUACAUCCGCGCCGUCAACUUUAACGGGACUGCUGGGACUCCCGUGGUGUUCAAUGAGAAUGGCGACGCGCCAGGACGCUACGACAUCUUCCAGUACCAGAUGAACAACAAGUCCGCCGCCGAGUACAAAGUCAUCGGCCACUGGUCCAACAAGCUGCACUUGAACGUGAGCGCCAUGCACUGGCGGACGCGGGACCCCCUGUUGCCGCUGUCCAUCUGCAGUGCCCCGUGCCGCACGGGCGAGCGCAAGAAGAUUGUGAAGGGCGUGCCGUGCUGCUGGCACUGCGAGCGCUGCGAGGGCUACCACUUCCAGGCCAGCGAGCUGACAUGCGAGCUGUGCCCCUACGAGCAGCGACCGGACGCCAACCGCACGGGCUGCCAGCCCAUCCCCAUCAUCAAGCUGGAGUGGUACUCGCCCUGGGCCGUGGUGCCCGUUUUCGUCUCCGUCCUGGGCAUCCUGGCCACCACCUUCGUCAUCGUCACCUUCGUCCGCUACAACGACACGCCCAUUGUGCGCGCCUCGGGCCGCGAGUUGAGCUACGUGCUGCUGACGGGCAUCUUCCUGUGCUACGCCAUCACCUUCCUGAUGAUCGCCGCGCCCGACGUGGCCGUGUGCUCGUUCCGACGCAUCUUCCUCGGCCUGGGCAUGUGCUUCAGCUAUGCGGCGCUGCUGACCAAGACCAACCGCAUCCACCGCAUCUUCGAGCAGGGCAAGAUGUCGGUGACGGCGCCGCGCUUCAUCAGCCCCGCGUCGCAGCUCGUCAUCACCUUUAGCCUCAUCUCCGUGCAGCUCCUGGGCGUGCUGGUGUGGUUUGCCCGCGACCCGCCGCACAUCGUGGUGGACUUCGACGAGCAGCGCACACAGGACCCGUUCAAAGCCCGCGGCGUGCUCAAGUGCGACAUCUCGGACCUGUCCCUCAUCUGCUCACUGGGCUACAGCAUCCUCUUAAUGGUCACAUGCACUGUUUACGCCAUCAAGACGCGGGGCGUGCCCGAGACCUUCAACGAGGCCAAGCCCAUUGGAUUUACUAUGUACACUACCUGCAUCAUUUGGCUAGCUUUUAUACCCAUCUUCUUCGGAACGGCACAGUCAGCAGAACGGAUGUACAUCCAGACGGCCACACUGACCAUCUCCAUGAGCCUGAGCGCCUCGGUGUCGCUGGGGAUGCUCUACAUGCCCAAGGUGUACAUCAUCAUCUUCCACCCGGAGCAGAACGUGCCCAAGCGCAAGCGCAGCUUCAAGGCCAUCGUCACCGCCGCCACCAUGUCCGGCAAGCUGACCCAGAAGGCCGGCGACCGGCCCAACGGAGAGGUCAAAACGGAGCUCUGCGAGAGCAUGGAGACCAACAGUGCUGCGUUCCCCUGUCAGACAUGAAAGUUUUUUUUUUUUACACUCACUACUGUCUGGCUGUCAGCACUUUGGUUUCCGAGCAACGGCGAAGGUCAAUCUCCAUUUAUUUACUCGUUAGUGUUCUGCAGACGGGAGGAGCACAAGUGUUGGGGUUUAGAUUUUUUUUUAAAAACAAAGCAAAGAAAAAAGUAUAACCAUUUUUUUUUUCAGAUGUUGGAUUACUUUUUUUUUCGUUCUUCUGGCAUAUUGCAUUUACACACUAAAAGCUACCCCUUGAGAUUUUUUUUUGUUAUGAUAGAUAAAGACAAAAGAAAAGCUUCAGCCAGCAGAGCAUCUGGAACUGCAGAGCUCGAGCUGACAUGUUUAUGAAAAAUAAGAAGAGAGUGGGGAUGAGCGGAUUUUUUUUUUUUUUUCUAAUGAAACGGGCAUCUGAAGUCAUGUGGCCUGACAGAAAUACAACCCCCUCCCUCUCUUCCUUUCCCCUUUUUCACCAAAAAUAAAUACGUAUAGAAACUACUAAAGCACAGGUAUACAGAUUCGUUCUGAGUCAAAGACGAUCCCUCCUUCUCUAACGUCUUUCCUACUCCUGGCAGCUUCCUCCACCAAGACGACGUACGUCAGCUAUAGCAAUCAUGGCAUCUGAGUGGGGGACACAACCACGGAGGGACCCCUACCCCCCCCCACUGAGGACGACACCAC